UUUAUGCCCUAAUGAGGUGCUACAGAGCAUCAUAGCACCCAACAAUUCAAGGCUGGAGAUGGCAACUUCAACAAUAGAGAAACAGCAACAAGCGGUUUGGUGAAUUUCAAAACUUAUCGGCGUCUUCUCAAAACAACUGAGCAGCGAUGCCUAUGCAAAAUAAUAAGGUGGCCAUCGAAGAGAAGGUGAACUUUCAGAAAGUGAGGGAUGAAUGCAACACUGUAGUAGAGGCACUAAACAAGGUUGUGGCCUGCUACAGACACUUGGCAAUCACUGUUGGUGGAUCAUCAGACUGCAAGCACCUACGUGAUGAAUUGAGACGCACAAGAGAAAGAGCACAAGAGCUAGCAGUAACCAACAGAAAUAUACUAACCGCUGCUCUUCGAGAUAAGCAGUUGGGAAAGGAAGAUCGGCGGGUGUUGGAGCGACUAUGGGUGCAGUUUGCCAGUUGCUUAGAGCUUUUGCAAAAUGACAUGUGCAAAGUGUUUGACUUGGGUCUUGCUGUUCCCCUCUCAUCAACUUAUCAACCAGCAAUACAGACUGGUGUUACAGGCGGCACUUCAGCUAUUGCCUCCAGGGCACUCAGUGUCCAGAACAUCAAUUACACUGAUUCACCAACUAACAAAGAGAAAUUGGAGCACAGUGAACUGGAGAAUGAAAUUCUGAAGGUGGACCAGAUGAUCACUGACAUGGAGUUGAAGGUUAACGUAUUAAGGUGGACUGUGGAAGCCACAGCAAACAUGAAUGAUGAGAUUGACAGCACUGAUGUCUGCUCAACAGCACUGCUGUCUGUGGAAGAAGAAGGUGACAGGCGCCAGUGCUGCAAUGGAGGACAAUUUAUUGUGUCAUUGAUUCUAUGUGGUGUUGGUCUCAUAGCUGUUACCCUAUCUUCUGUCCUCUAAAAGUGGUAUAGAUAAAUGGCUAGCGCUGUUGAGUAAAUAUUAUUAUUACAAGACACUAAUGAAAUGUAUUUUAUCACACUUGUAUGUGAAGUCAAUUUUUCAAUCGUUUACACAGUAGACAAUUUCUGCAAUACUGUUAGGAAUUUGGAUUAAUAGCAAUAAAUACAUUAAAUUGAUUUUCUUACAGUUGGCCACCUGUCUAAGAUUGUACUCUAGCCUCCCUUAUCCCUCAUGGGUGCUACAUAUAUUUCUAAAAUAAAAAUAUAGAUUUUUAAAUGAAAGCUAUAUGGUAAGUAAACAGUUUGGAAAACUCUGAAGUGAUCCAUCAUUUGAACUGCAAGAAGAAGAAAUGACAAUCUACUCAAAUCAUCUACUUGACUUAAGAAUGAUAUUUUAUGUAAGAUCAGAACAAUCACCUCUAGUUAUUAGCCAUAUAUAAGGCUAUGCACAGAAUCUGAAAUACAGCCAGCAAAUCAGAUUACUAUAAUACCAGGCUUUUUAAGAACUAAAGCCAUAGAUGUGAUUAUGAGGCCAACUGAGGCAGCAGGGCUUUGUUUGCAUUGCAGCAGGUGUAUAAGAUAUUAAAUAUGCAAUAUUUUCUUAAAGACAUUG